CAUGAGCGCGGCGGAGGAUGCUGAGUGGCUGCGGUGGGUGAGGAAGCAGUUUGGGAGCAUCGCGGGGCAGGACAAGGAGAUCGACCUGGAGGGGUUCAAAACCGCGCUGCAGGUGAAGGAGUCCUUCUUUGCUGAGCGGUUCUUUGCGCUGUUCGAUGCGGACGGGAGCGGGAGCAUCAGCUUGGAGGAGCUGCUGAAAGCCCUGAGCCUGCUCGUGCAUGGGAGUGAGAUGGACAAGCUGAGAUUCCUCUUCCAGGUUUACGAUGUGGAUGGCAGUGGCUCCAUCGACCCCGAUGAGCUGCGCCUGGUGCUGCGGGGGUGCCUGUGGGAGAGCGCCAUAGCCCUGCCUGAGGAGCGGCUCACGGACCUCACCAUGGCCCUCUUUGAGGCCGCUGACAAGGACCACAGCGGCUCCAUCACCUUCGAGGAGCUCAGGGAGGAGCUGGAGGGUUUCCCGGAGGUCAUGGAGAACCUGACCAUCAGCGCCGCGGGCUGGCUGAAGCCGCCGCCUGCCCCCGAGCGCCGCCCGCGGCCGCGCUGCCUGCGCCGCGCGUUCUGGCGCAACCACGGCGGGGACCUGCGCUGCGCCGGCGGCUACGCGGGCCUCAACCUGGCGCUGUUGGCGCUGGCGGCGCCGCGGCACGCAGGGAGCCUGGCGCUGGCCCGCGGCUGCGGGCAAUGCCUCAACUUCAACUGCGCCCUGCUCGCUGUGCUGAUGCUGCGGAGGUGCCUGACCUGGCUGCGAGCCACCCCCGUGGCCAAGGUGCUGCCGCUGGACCAGCACGUCCUGUUCCACCAGCUCGUGGGGUACGUGGUGCUGGCGCUGGCAGCCGCUCACACGGGCGCCCACGUCGCCAACUUCAGCAGGCUGGCGCAGCAGGACGGGCACCCUGCCCUCGCCGAGUACCUGCUGCGGGCACGGCCGGGCACGGGGGGCCUGUGGGGCACAGCCCCGCAGACGGGGCUGGUCCUCCAGGCACUGCUGCUCGCCAUGGCCGCCUUCUCCAGCCCCUGCGUGCGACGGAGCGGCCACUUCGAGGUCUUCUACUGGACCCACCUCUCCUACGUCCCCAUCUGGAUCCUCCUCAUCCUGCAUGGUCCCCACUUCUGGAAGUGGUUCGUGGUUCCCGGCUGCCUCUUUGUGCUGGAGAAGGUGCUUGGCUUGGCCUGGCGGCGGGCAGGGGGGCUGCGCAUCGUGGAGGUCAACCUGCUCCCAUCCAAGGUCACUCACCUCGUGAUCGAGAGGCCGCAGUCUUUCCACUACAAGCCCGGUGACUACAUCUACCUGAACAUCCCAGCCAUCGCCUCCUACGAGUGGCACCCCUUCACCAUCAGCAGCGCGCCUGAGCAGCAAGACACCCUCUGGCUGCACAUCAGGUCCCUGGGCCAAUGGACCACCAAGCUCUAUGAGCACUUCCAGCAGCCCGAACCCCUCAGCAGGAGCCUGCGGGCGAGGAGACCCCGGUGCUGGGCACAGGAAGGUCUCUGCAGCAGAGCUGGCUCAGACGGGGGCUCCGUGGCCACAGAUGCAGAUGGAGCCGUUCAGCUGACCUCAUACAAAGCCAGCGGUGCUGCUGCCCGAGGAGAGCAGGACCCAUCAUCAGAGUGCUACAUCGAUGGCCCCUAUGGGACCCCGACCCGGAGGAUCUUCACCUCGGAGCACGCUGUGCUCAUCGGCGCCGGCAUCGGCAUCACCCCCUUCGCCUCCAUUUUGCAGAGCAUCAUGUACAGGUACCGCCGGCGAAAGCAGAGCUGCCCCAGCUGCCACUAUUCAUGGUGUGAGGACCUGCAGGAUGAGGACAUGACACUCAGGAAGGUUGACUUCAUCUGGAUCAACCGGGACCAGAAGCACUUUGAGUGGUUCGUCAGCCUGCUGACCAAGCUGGAACUGGAGCAGGCUGAGCAGGAGCCGGGAGGGCGCUUCCUGGAGAUGCACAUGUACAUGACCUCGGCGCUGGGCAAGCACGACGUGAAGGGCAUCGGGCUGCAGAUGGCGCUGGACCUGCUGGCGGCCAAGGAGCAGAGGGACUCCAUCACCGGGCUGCGCACCAGGACCCAGCCCGGCCGCCCCGACUGGAGCAAGGUGUUUGGGAAGGUGGCAGAGGAGAAGAAAGGGAAGGUCCAGGUCUUCUUCUGCGGCUCGCCAGCUCUUGCCAAGGUCAUCAGGGUGCACUGCGAGCGCUUCGGCUUCCUCUUCUUCAAUGAGCGUUUCUAGCAGCAGCCCUGGUCCCCUGCCGGCACCACCUGGCCUGAUGCGGGGU